CUAUAGACAAGGAAACGUCAUUUACCCUUAAUGUGAGUGUCACUGUGAAUGGCAAUGGGGUGACAUCAUUUGCUGAUGGUGAAGACAACUAUGAAUAUAAGUUCUACCUUAGUACAGAUGAGGCAAAUAUUGAUUAUGAAAUAGAUUACACUCCUGAUAUGCCUGAUCUGCAGUCUCCUGUGGGAGCAGGGGAGACUGCCAUCCACAGUUUAGGAGAUGAUGAUUUCAUGUUGGCAGAGGCUGAUGUUAGCUCAUACUGUGGCAAAAUCUACUUCACAGUGGUACUCUUUGAUUUGAAGAAUAAAGGGCCUGAUGUGUCCAGUGGAGAUGUGAAUGCUAGACUGGUCCAAAACAACAAGGACCCUAGACUUAGAAACAGUUAUGUCACAAGAGAGAUGGUACUGAAAUGUCCUGGAGAUUUAUUUGCAAUGAAGGAUUUGAACAUCACCCCUCCUUCAUUGUUUGAAAUUGGGCCUAGUGAGAUAGAUGUCUCUGUGACAGUUACUAAUGUACAUGGACAGGGCUAUGACAUACCUGAAUCAACCAAUCAACAGCCAAACUUCAACUUUAUGGUGUACAAAGAAGAGGGACUCUCAGAUAUAGAAGUACCAAUGCUGGCUAUAGACUUUGAUGACGUCAACCGUGAACAGCUCACAUACCAGCUUUUGUUUGGUGAUUCAUUGACGUUCACAUUCAAGAUGACAUUGGACAUUGAUACAGUACUGUGCUCAAAGAUACAAGCAAAUGAAUGGUACCUGACUUUAGGUGUAGGUGUAGGGAUGCCCCAGGGAUUUAUAGACCUCUACAAUGACAAUGAGGUUAUUGUCAUUACAGGUGUAAGCUGUGACGCAGCUACAGAUCUCAGUGACAUAACAGUUUCCACAUUGAGUAUUUCCAGUAUGGAGUCAUCUGGCAAUGGCAAACUACCAUUCCAAGCUGUUAUACAGGAACUUGGAACCAGGUCAUAUGUUCAAGAUGCUGGUGGUCACUUCAGCUUCAAGCUAUGGCUCUCCCAUGAUGACCAACUAGACAUGGACACUGACGUAGACUUGGGAUAUGACACUAGCCCUCACGCAAGCACAUUGGGAGCAGCAUUUGAUUCCUCUAAUAGUAUUGUCAUAGAUGCUACUGCUAGCAAUAAAGUGGAGCUAGAGGCAAGUCAUGUGCCAGAGUAUUGUGGUGCUGUGUACAUUAUAAUGCAAGUAGAUGACCUUAAUGCUAUUGAUGAGCCCAAUAAAGUGAACAACAUCAAAGCAGCAGUGGCAUUUAUAGCAUGUG